AUGAGCACCAACCAGAGGCAGUACCCACCUGCAAUGGCUUUCUUACCAGGUCGUGAUGCAUCAGAUGGGGCCUUCAUUUAUAAAACCUUAAACCAGAAUGUGAUUUCCUCAUCCUUAAGUUUAGGAUCAUCACACGAAAAAAAGUACCCUUUAGUUGUCUGCAUGGUGCGACAAGAUUCCUCAGUUGAAGAAGUGGAUCCCAGUAAUGUGGGUGCAUUGAUUACCAUCAUUCAUAUUAAAGAUUCAGAAUGUCAGGUCCCUACUUGUAUUCUACAUCAGUACCUGAAGCAGUAUUCUGGCCAGCUAACACGGUUACAGGCCCUCUACACACAAGGUCACAACUCCAGUAGCGACUGGGAACCUACUGGAGAUGCAACUGAUGAUGAAAAAGGAAAUUAUGACAUAGAUAAUGAUGACGUCCCUAUUGAAGAGGCCUGUGUGGUAUGUCAGACUAACAGGAUCACAAGAGCUUUGCUUCCCUGCCGUCACGUGUGUGUUUGCAGUACAUGCUUUAGUCGUCUAGAGACUUGCCCUAUGUGUCGUGGUAGAUUCCAAGCAUAUUUCCUCGUAGCUCCAGAGGACCAAGAACUUAAUGAUUUGGAUGAACCCAUUCAAGAGGAGUCACGUUCAAGAUGGCAAAGAAUGUAUGAUACACUUAACAACCUGCUAUUGCUGGAAAAUUAAGGUUACUUAUCCAUAUUGGAAUGCAUGAUUAAUAAUGAUGAUCUCUCUAUUCUAAACAUAAAAUAAAGUUAUCUGUUACCCCUUAUACAAAAAAACGAGAAGGUUCAUAACUAGCCUCAACCAUGAGAAAACAUACAUUUGUAAGAAAAAUACUACUAUUUUUUUCUAGGCAUACAAACCAGAGCCUUUUAUAUAUGAGUAUCCCUCAUUUUAAAUUGAAAACCAGAUGAAACUUGGUAACAAGGUAGUUAACCAGGUGGUUAAUAGCUUGACAUGGGUGGGAGAGUGGGGAUGUAUCCUUUACCAAUUACGUAUCACCUUCACUUUAUUCCUAUGGCCUUAUGGACUGAGCUGAGAUGUUGGUGGGACUAAAUAUAAAAGGCUCUGGUUUGUAUACCUAUGACAAUUACAAAUCAUUCAUAAUUACAGGAAUGUAUGCUGCCUUCUAAAUAGGGGACAUAAUCCCUAGGAAGCAGGUGCAGCCAUGCUUCUUACAGCAAUAACUCUUGUUUGACAUCCCUGAAUCAAAAAUAGAUACCAGAAAUGCAAUACAAAGGCA